AUGUCAAAAGGUCAUUCAACAGUAUUCCGUUGUUUAUGUGAUGAAAUCAUUGGUGGGUGCGAUGAUAUAUCUUUAGAGAGAUAUAUGAUGAAAAUGUCAAUCAUAUCAAAAAGAGUAAUAAUAAUCUCUUCUUUAUUAUUAUUACUUUUUAUAUCAUUAUCAUCUUCAUCUACUUUAUCAUCUUCUACAUCGGAAGAAAUAGGAAUUAGUGUAGUAAGUUUAUUAUUACCAUAUACACAAUCAAAAGCACAAGUAUAUUACAAGUUGGAAGCCAAGAAUGGAUGUUUUGAUUGGACAACCAAUAAUCCCGAACUCUUAUCACUCGACAUUCAAUACGAGUCGCAAUCAGCUGCAUCUUGUGAUCAACCAAACCAACAACCUAUUCAACCUAUUCAACCUAUCAAUGAUUUAACAACAUUGUUGUUGUUGGAAGAGAAUCAAGAGAAAUGUAGCAAGUCUGUAUUGGUUGGAGUAAAGUCUGGAUUCAGUGAACGUUUGUCGACACUGAUCAUUGCCGAGGAAAAGAGUACUGGUGUUAAACUGCGUUGUGAGGUGUUUGUAGACCGAAUCUCACAGAUUGGUAUCAAAUCGACCACUAGAACCAUGUACAAGGAUUCGGUUGAAGUGCUCGAAGUGCAAGCACUCGAUUCACAAGGCAACAUUUUCUCGACCAUCUUGGGCGUCGAGUUUGAAUGGACCGUGUCAUCUGGCACCAUCCUCCAAAUCGUCCCAUUCAAAGACCACAAGAUGACCAAUAACCCAGUCCUCCUCUCCAUGGAACAACGUGGACUACAAAGUUCCCAAGUCCUCGUACAAGGUAUCGAUACUGGUCGUGCUGAAAUCACCGUCAAACUCACCGAACAAAAUUAUAAACCUGUCAAACCAACCUCGGUCGUCAUCUCUGUCCUUGAACCACUUAGUCUCAAUCCUUCUCAAUUACUCUAUGUUAUUCCUGGUACUCAAAUUCAAUAUAUUCUUCAAUCUGAAAAACGUAAUCAAAUUGAAAAAAUAAAUAUGCCAAAUUCACAAUAUUUAUGGUCAACAAAUAAUAAUAAAGUUGGAGUAGUAGAUAAUAGUGGUUUAUUUAUGGCAAUUAAUUUUGGAAAGACAGAUUUGACAGUUCAACAUGUAGAUAUGAGUGAAAAUCGUGCUCAUACAUCGAUUCAUGUUGUCAAUCCAUCGUAUCUUGCCAUCAAGGUCGAAGCAUUGAAUCUACCAAAUGGUCAAACCGCCCCAGUCACCAAUUGGAAUUUGAUUCAAGGUAAAAACUAUACACUCAUCGUAGAGUUGUAUGAUGCCUCUGGUCACAAGAUUUAUAAUUCCGACAUUUCCUACAAUGUUGAAAUCUCUAAAGAUUAUUUCCAACCAAUCUCUUCUUCUUCUGUUCAAUCAAAAACUCCUUCCGAUCAUUAUCAUAUUAAACCAAUCUUGGAUGGUUCAACUAUUAUUAAAGCUAGUUUAUUAAAGAUUUAUGAUCCAAAAGUAGGAAAAUUUAUAAAUUUAAUUAAUCCAAUAAUGGUAGAACAAGAAUUAAUAAUUAGUAAACAAAUCAAGAUUGAACCAAAUACAGUUUAUUUACCAUUUGUAAACAAGAAUACUCAACAAUAUCAAUUCAAGGCAAUUGGAGGAUUAGGAGAAUACAAUUGGUACACAAAUAAUCGUAGUUUGAUUGAUAUCGAUCAACAAGGUAUCAUUCAAACUACAUUUAAAAAGGGAUCUGGCAAGGUCAUUGUGGUUGACAAAAAGAAUCCACAUAAUCGUGAUGAAGGUCAAGUACAUAUUGUUGACCCUAGUUUGAUCGAGUUUGUACCAUCCAAGGUUGAAGUAGAGAUUGGUCAACCACUCGUCCUCUCUACCAUUGUCAAGACGCUUACCCACGGGUUUGACAAUUGUUCAGUAGUCGAUCUCUCUUGGAAGUUGCAAGAUUCAAAGAUCUUUUCAAUCAAUCCUGUCACUCAAGACCAACAAAAGUUGACUGCCAACUAUUGUUCUAGUAAACAAAUCACACCCAUCCGUGAAGGUAAUACAUUGGUAACGGUUGAAUUGGGCGAGACCAUGAAGGCCCAACAACGUAUCUUUGCCUAUCCACCUCUUCGACUUGACAAGGAUGAAGCUCUUGUUACCCUUGGUUCAUCGGUCGACAUUCAACAUCAAGGUGGUCCAGAACAAUGGUACUUGGAACCAAAGUCUUUCUUUCAGCAAGUAGAUGCCGAGAAUCCAGCAUCUGUCAAGAUUCAAAUCAUCAAUCCUUCUAGUUUCCGUGUCACUUGUUUGGCUCAUGGUGAACAAUACAUUACACUUUGUGUAGGAAACAAACCAACCACCACAAACCCAUUCCCAGCUCAACCUUGCGUCAAAUUAUUUUAUAAUUGUCAAUUACCAAAAUCUUUAAAAUUAAUUAUGAAUCAAGAAAAUAUUAAUAUUAAUAAUAAUAAUAAUAAUAAUAAUGAUUGUAAAGAUUUAAUUACUUCAUCCACUUCAUCUUCUUCUACUUCUGAAAAUAUAUUAAAAAUUAGAAAUAAUCGUCAAUUGGAAUUAUCAAUUCAAGUUUAUGAUCAAAAUGGUAAAGAAUUUACAAAUCAUUCAACCCUUUCUUAUGAUUGGUCUACUACUAGUGGAAAGAAUCUUGAUCAACUACAACUAGUUGAAUUUAAUCAACCAAAUUCAAAAAAAUCAAUGAAUCAAUUAAUAUUAUUUGAUCGUAUUGGAAAGACAAUGAUUUUUGGUAAAAUGGUUGGUUAUAAUAUUGAUAUGCUUAAUCAUGAACGUAUCACUACCUAUAAUCCUAUUCAACCACUUGUUGGUCAAUUGGAAUUGGAAUUAUUAUCAAAUAUUCUAUUAGAUCCACAAUCAACUACAAUUUAUCUAUCAAACAAGAAUCAAAUUCCACUUCAAGUAAUUGGUGGUAGUCGUCAUUUUACACUUUCAUCAAACAAUACAAAGAUUGCAACAUUGGAGAAAAAAUUGGAUCAAAUUCGUUUAUUACCAAUUUAUCCAGGUUACCUCAAGGUCACAAUCAAUGAUAAUUGUUUAGAAUCAACUUCAUCAUCGGUGGUUUUAAUUUCCGAUGUCAAUGCAAUCAAUGUUCGUGUUGAAGAAUUAAUUUCAAUUGGUAAAUCAAUCGAUUUGGAAUUGGAAGCAUUGGCUAGUGAUGGUCAAGAAUUCUCAAAGGAUCAAUAUCAAUUUAUCAACUUUAUUCCACAUAUUGAUAAUCCAAGUGUACUAGAGGUUGUUCCUAACCCUAGUCUAGCAGAUCCCAAGAAAUACAUUGUCAAGGGUAUUGACAGUGGUGUUGCAACUCUUACCUUUUCAAGUCACAAUCCACAGACUGGUCAAACCGUUACGAGUCGUGCCAUCCAAAUCACCGUCUAUCCUCCCUUUACCAUCUCUCCUCAUACCUUGCAUCUAGUGCCAGGUAGUCACUUUCAAAUCCAACCACAAGGUGGUGUUGCUCGUCAAGUCAUCACCUUUGCAUCGACCAAUCCAUCGGUUGCAUCAAUCGGACGUGACAUUUCUGGUGAAUUGAUUGCCCACGGUAUCGGAGAAGCUACCAUCACUGCCUCUUCACACUAUGUAGAUCGUGAUGCCAAAAAGAUUUUCAUUGGUCAAGAUCAAUUGACAGUGACCGUUAAAAAUAUGACUGGUAUCAACUUGCACAGUACUAUUAACCGUUUGGUUGUUGGUAAUGAACUAAAGUUGCGUGUCGUAGGAGAUAAUGGUGAAACACCAUUUACCUAUGGUACAGUCGACCUUGCAUUUGGUUGGGAGUGUCUAGAUCACUCUAUUGUCCAACUCGCUCCAAUCUAUAGUAAUACAACCGUCGAAAUGGAAGCUAGUUUUAGUGUACGUGUGAUUGGUCGUCAGGCCGGUUCUACACAAGUCAUUGUCUAUGCAUACCACCCAACCUCUGGUGACCGUUCCAAACGUAUCUUCCAAUCACCUCCCUUCCAAAUUGACGUUAUUUCAGCACCAGCAUUCCCAACUCACUCUAUCCUACUCAUGCCAAACAGUCAUUAUGAAACCACUACUAAAACCAAAAACCUUCAGUACAACAAUUUGGUCCUUUUAGAUAAUAAUCAACAAACCAACCAAGUUUGUGCCAAUCAAUUAAUUGUACAAUCUCAAAACAAGUUGUUGACCAAUGAUCGUGUUGGUCAUUGCUAUUUAGAGGUUGUUCGCGAUGGACGUAUCGAUACUACUUCAUUGAUCAAGGUUUCAACAAAAUUGGUUGCUCAUCUUGAACUUGUCCCAAUUCAUUCGACUAGUAUGGUAUUACCAAUUGGUGCAACCGCUACCUUUGGCCUAUACCUUCGUGACGAUCUCGGUGAUACCUUUACCGAUUAUGGUGCCAUCCACAAAGCUAUCAAGGCUGAACUCUCCAAUGUUGGUAUUAUCUCUGUCAAUAUUGAACCAAAUGAUGACGACGAACACUCUGGUACUGUCAAGAACCCACCUCUCCUUGUCCAAAUUCAAGGUCUCAACGUAGGUCUCGUCACACUCCGUAUCUCUUACAAAUCAAUCGACGAUUAUAUCAAGAUCUUUGUCGGUCGUCUCAUAGAGCCUGAUGUCCCAGUCCUCCAUGUCGGUGCCUCUUUACAACUCUCCCUUGCCACAAACCUCUUGUCCAUGCGUGGAUACUCUGUUCCUCAACCAGGUGAUCGUAUCUGGACAAGUUCAAACGCCAACGUACUCCAAAUCGACAGUGCUACAGGUCGCGCAACUGCCAACCCACAAAAAGCAGGCCAAGCUAUCAUCUCGUACACUCGUAAUCCAUCCUCUCAAGUAUCGGUCCUCGUAUCUAGAGUUGAAACCAUCAAACUCGAAAACCCUAACCAAGUUGUCAUUAACGGAAACUCUGAACAAUAUGUCUACCCACUCCGCUUCUUUGCCAGUAACGGUCAAGAGUUUACUCAACCAAAGGACAGUAGUGCCAUUGAACAAAACUACAACUGUCAAUGUAGUGUUCAACAAAGCAUGUAUGCUUCGGCCACUUGUAUCCGUGGUACCACUCCAUCGACCUAUCACAACUAUAGUUGUAUCAUCCGUACUGUUAGUGGCGAACAACCAGCCUCUACCAAUUUGGAUCAUCUCUCUCUCCAAAUCACAGUCUCCAACAAUGAAAAGACAUACGUUGCCGAGCAAAUCUACAACAUUCCAUUUGAAAAUAGUUUCCGUAUCAUUUACAAAUCGAAUACCAAUCUCUCCCCAUCCAACCCAUCUCUUCAUCUAAAGAUUCAAGUCAACAGCCACAGCAGUAAUCAACUAUUUAUCAAUGAACAAGGAGGAGGGGAAAAGAAAUUAUUAUCAAUUACUCAAGUUGCAUCAUCAACACCAAAUGUUCACGAAUACAUUAUCACUCCACUCGAUCAAAAGGUAUCAUUCUCUCAACCCAUUCCUAUUCACAUUGGAAAUAGUAAUCAAAAGGUCAAAGGUUCAACCAUCCUAGUAAACUUUAAUGUCAAUGAACCAAAGAACAACAACAACAACAACAACAAUUCUACUGAAUCUAGUUCAUUCAUUCCAUAUACUACACUUGGUCGUGUAUUGGUUGCCAUUGGUAUUGCUCUCUUAACUUUCCUUGGUACCAUCUACUAUAACCAAAAACCUCGUACUACCAUCGAGGUGAAAACUCCACUACGUCACAACAACAACAACAACAACAACAACAACAACGCUCCUCCACCUUCUCCAUUUAGAUCACCCAUCCCAAAUAACCUUGGUAGCAGUAGUUUACAUCAAUCUUCUUAUCAACCACCUCAACAAUUUAAUUCUCCUAUUAGAUCAGAUUCUUCUUUAAAUAAUUCAAUUUAUAAUUUUGAUAGAUCAAGGUUUAAUAGAUAA